AAUCCAUCUCCAUCUCGACUUGUAAUCAACCUCCUUCAGUCAAGGGCGACAACACAGCACAGUACAGCCAGCACGGCCGCACCUACGCCUAGCUCGCCAGACUCACGCACGGCCAUUCGCUCAGGUCCCCGCAGCAAGCCAGCCCAUCAAGUGAGCGAGCGGCCUCUCCCCGCCCCGCCCUCUCGUGCGCGUCAUGUCGCAGCCGGUCAAGCGCCGCGCGGGGUCGUCAUCGGGCCAGACGCCCGAGCAGCCGCAAAAGUACAAGAAGAGGAGUUACGGGCACUCGUGCUUGGUAUGCCGCGAGCGCAAGAUCAAGUGCGAGGGCGGCGAGAACCCACCGUGCAAGCCAUGCCUCGACACGAACACGGUCUGCGAGCAGGUUGAGCGGACGCGCCCGCCAAAGAAGCGUAUGGACGACGAGACGGCAGCCAUGAUGGCCGGGUUCGAGCAGCGUCUGCGGCGGCUCGAAGCGAUGGCCAACGUCGCGUCGGGAAGCAGCAGCGCGCCGCAAGCUGUAGGCAGCUCCAGCGUCGGCAACCCUGGCUUCAACAACAACAACAACAACGUCGGCACCAAGUCGCGCAGCCGCUCGGCGUCGCCUACGCCCGGCACGCACGAGUCGGAGCACGUCCUCCCGAGGCCGCGGUACGACCUCGGUUCCGCCUCGCGACCGGUAUACCAUGGCGAGCUGAGCAUGUUUGACGACUCGGGCACGCGGCCGCGCCAGUCGCGUGCCGGCUCUCCGCUCGGCGUGGCAGGCGGGCAGACGUGGACCGAGGACCGGCUGCGUGCCGCCGCGCGCUUAAGGCAUCGGUACGCGAGCGUCGAGGACGGCGAGGCGUGGAUGGACGCGUACUUUGCCUGGGUCAGCUGCGCGGACGGCAUCGUCCACCGGCCAAUCUUCCUCCGCGAUAUGGCGCUCGAAGGGCCGUACUUCUCCGAGUUUCUGCUGAUUGUCAUCUACAUCGUCGGCAUCAGAUUGUGCUUCGGCAUGGACGACCGCGAGCGCGAGGCCAAGGGAGAGCAGUAUGUCAGCUUGGCGAUGAGCAUGCUCUCGGAAGAGAUCAUGGGACCUGGGCGGAUAACGACGAUUCAGGCCCUCCUCGUGCUCUCGGGACGUCAGAUCGCCGUCGGCACGACCAACCAGGCUUGGAUGCUCCUCGGCAUGGCGAUCCGCAUGAUGCAGGACAUGGGACUCCACCUCCCCGUAUCCGACGACGCAGCGAGUCUGCGCUUGUCGGCCGAGGACCGCGACAUGCGCAACCGCGUGUUCUGGAGUGCAUACAUCUGGGACAAGACCAUGUCGCUGGCACUCGGACGGGAGCCUGGGUUCAGCUGCCGACCAGGGCUGUCCACCGACUCGCUACCACAAGACCCCGACGACAACAUGGAGUGGGAGCCUAUCUUGUGGAAGGGUGCUGUUCUGCCUAAGCCUGGGCCCUACCCACCCACGCUCCUGCUCAAGACAUUCGCGCUACGACACUACGCCCACCUCGCGCUCAUCCUCGAGUCGGUCAUGACCAACAUGUACUCGCCCAACCACGAGAGCCAGCGGUCGCUGUCGUUCAUCCGGUCAGCAGCAGACCAGCUCGACGCGUGGCGCAACAACCUGCCAUCGGCGCUCAAGGUCGAGGGGCCCAACCUGCCAGAGUGGUGUCCUCCGCCCAACGUCAUUCUCAUCAACCUCCUAUACUACACGAUGCGCAUCCUGAUCUACCGGCCGCUGCUCACCGAGAACAGUCGCUCGUCGCUCGCCAUGUCGGCGCUUGGCCACUGCCGUACCGCUGCAACGCGGAUCAACGAGAUCCUCCACCUGUGGUCAAGUUCGUUUGGGCACAACUGUCACCACUACCUCAUCCUCUACUACUGCUUCAUUGCCAGCGGCGUCGACCUGUUCCUCAUCCGCACAGGCAAGGGCCUGAUCCGCGAUGAGGCAUUCGAACGCGUCGAGUUCUCGCUCGAGGUGCUCGAGCAGGCCGCGCACCAAGGACCAUGCAUCCGCCGCGGCAUCGUCAGCAUCCGCACGCAGCUCGAUCGCAUAACGCACGGCGCCGGCUUCUCCAGCAAGCCCGUCGCGGCCGACUCGGUGUCUCCCAGCGUGCCGACUGGCCUCGAGGCGUCCAACUCGACUGGCAGCCUGACGCCAAGCAUGACCCUGUCGCAGCCGAACGCUACAGUGUCGAUGGACAACGGCCUCGCGUGGUUUGGUGACGGCAGUUUCUGGGACCACCAGACGCUGCUCGACAUGCUGCGUGCAGCGCCGACCGACCCUAUCAACACGGAGAUUCCCUUUUCGUUUGUUACCGACCAGCCCGAGCUGUUCCCUCCCUCUACGUUGUAGUCUAGUAG